CUACAGAGAAAGAGAAGGAGAAGAGAAAAGAGUGUCUCAUAUAAAAGCCCCAAAAGCUACAGCCAAUUGUUUUCCUCUGAUUUCCAAUAGAGAAACGAAGCUAAGCGAAGAACAGAGUUGUUGUUCCAAUAUGGUUUGCUGUGGUGCAGCGUAGGGUAACUUACGGUGGGGAUUCUCUUCAUUCUGUGAUUCAGAGAUUCCGAUUCCGAUUCAGAUUGUUCCUCUUCCACACUGCAAACCUACCCCUUUCCCGAUCCACGGUGUAGAUAUAUAUUUAUAUAUUUCAUCUUCGACUUAGUGCUCUCUUAAUAGUUUCAGCCCUCUCAGCGAAUUCACUACAGCGACCAUGUUUGGUUCUACUAACCCUUUUGGGCAAUCAUCUAGUAGCCCAUUUGGCUCCCCAUCAGUUUUUGGGCAGAACAACAAUGCCGGUAACAAUCCUUUUGCUCCCAAACCCUUUGGUAGUACAACUCCCUUUGGCGCCCAAACAGGGAGUUCUAUUUUUGGGGGCACUUCCACGGGUGUUUUUGGUGCUGCUACCCAAUCUUCACCCUUUUCUUCCACCACUGCCUUUGGUGCUUCAUCUUCACCAGCUUUUGGAAGUUCAACACCAGCUUUUGGAGCGUCUUCUACACCCGCGUUUGGUGCUUCAUCGUCGUCAUUUGGCGGAUCUUCUGUAUUCGGUCAAAAGCCUUCUUUUGGAGCAUUUGGGUCAACUCCUACUCAAACAAGUCCUUUCGGAAGCACAUCUCAACCGUCGCAGCCUGCAUUUGGGAGCAGUUUAUUUGGUUCCUCCACACCUUUUGGUGGUUCCAGUCAACCUGCGUUCGGUUCUACGAGCACCCCUGCGUUUGCUUCUAGCACGCCUGCAUUUGGUGCUACUAGUACACCUGCUUUUGGCGCCACCAGUAGCACCCCAGCCUUUGGUGCUGCUAGUGCCCCAGCCUUUGGUGCUACAAGCACUCCAGCCUUUGGUGCUACGAGUACCCCAGCAUUUGGUGCUACAUCUAGUCCGGCAUUUGGUAGCACUGGAUCUUCUUUUGGUGUUUCAAGUACGCCUUUGUUUGGAUCUGGGGGUGCCUUUGGUGCUUCAAGCACUCCGGCCUUUGGUGCUUCGAGCACUCCUGCAUUUGGUGCCUCAAGCACUCCUGCCUUUGGUGCUUCAACCACGCCUGCCUUUGGGGCUUCUAGUGGUCAGUCCUUCAGCUUUGCUUCCUCACCUGCUUUUGGCCAAUCGACUUCUGCCUUUGGUAGCAGCCCUUUUGGUGCCUCUACUUCUCCUUUUGGUGCCCAGAGUUCAGCGUUUGGAGCCCAGUCAACAACACCAACAUUUGGGAGCUCUGGCUUUGGGCAAACAGCCUUUGGGGGUCAACAAGUGGGGAGUAGAGUUGCUCCUUAUACACCAACACCUGAACCAGAUAAUAGCAGUAGCGGUACCAAUGCAACAGUUGGAAAAUUAGAGUCAAUAUCAGCUAUGUCUGUUUACAAGGACAAAAGCCAUGAAGAACUGAGAUGGGAAGACUAUCAGAAGGGAGAUAAAGGUGGACCUCUUUCUGCUGCCUCUCAGCCUCCUGGGAUGAACUUCAGCACUCCUACUUCACAGCCAAGCCCUUUGGCUCCUUCACCAUUUGGCCAAUCAUCUUCUAGUCUGUUUUCUACUUCAAAUUCUACCAACAUGUUUGGUUCAAAAGCACCAGCCUUUAAUAAUACAGGUUUUACAACCUCAUCUAACACGUUCAGCUCAUCACCCAACCUAUUCACCUCAACUUCGACAACACCUUCUGUGUUUGGAACGACAUCUUCUCUAUUUGCACCCAAUUCAUCCCCAUCUUUGUUUUCAUCAAGCACACCUGCUUUUACGCCAUCUACUUUUGCUACUCAAGGUCAAGCAACAGCUCCAACAUUUAAUAAUGGCCUGUUUAAUUCUACUCCAUCUGUUCAAACAGGCCCUGGUUUUGGACAGUCUACCCCAUCUUUUGGCCAGAAUACAACUCCUGCCUUUCCACAGACAAACAUGUUCAAUAAUCAGUCCACUGGGUUUUCUAAUGCCUUCCCAACCACACCUGCAACCUCAACAAACACUUUGGGUUUCGCUCAAACAGCUCCAUCUUUCCCUGCGCCUUUUUCAUUAAAUCAACCACCUCAGCAAGCUAAUUCUGGAGGGUUUGGUGCCUUUCCUAUGAUGCAGCCACCCAAUGCAAACACUGGGGGAAUCUUGGGGAAUAACACCGCAAAUUUGCCUGCCCCUCAAAGCUCCGCCAUUGUUCAAUCAGCACCCACUUCAAAUCCCUUUGGAACACUUCCUGCAUUGCCUCAAAUGUCAAUCGGUCAUGGAGGAACCUCACCAUCAGUUCAAUAUGGAAUAUCUAGCAUGCCUGUACUAGACAAACCUGCUCCUGUUAGAAUAUCGUCGUUACUGACUACUCGACACUUAUCACAAAGGCGUAUCAGGUUGCCUGCUAGAAAAUAUCAUCCAAAGAUUGAUGGUUUGAAGGUCCCAUUUUUUAGUGAUGAUGAAGAAACCGUCAGCACACCAAAAGCAGACGCUUUAUUCGUUCCAAGGGACAACCCCAGAGCACUUGUUAUUCGACCUGCAGAGCAGUGGCCUUUGAAGUCUAGCGCUGAUAAAGCAUUCGCAUUGAAGGAUACAUCCACAGUACACGGGAACGGGAAAUUAUCUGAGGAGGCAUGUCAUGCACCCAGCUCCAACUUUGAGAAUAAAAAUAAAGAGUCCGUGGAAAACAGUCCUUCUCCUGCCCAGGAGAAAGCCAAAGUCAGGAGCCUGAAACCAAACGGAGUGCACGAUGAACAUUCUACUCACAAGGGGGAUUCUUAUAUGACGCUUAGUGGGCACAGAGCUGGUGAGGCUGCUAUUGUAUACGAGCACGGUGCAGAUAUUGAGGCUCAAAUGCCAAAGCUCAGACGCUCUGAUUACUACACAGAGCCACGAAUUCAAGAACUUGCUGCCAAGGAAAGGGCCGAGCCAGGAUUCUGCUGCCGUGUCAAGGAUUUUGUUGUUGGACGGCAUGGUUAUGGUAGCAUCAAAUUUUUGGGCGAGACAGAUGUGCGGCGGCUUGAUCUUGAGUCCCUAGUUCAGUUCAACAAUCGGGAGGUGAUUGUUUAUAUGGAUGAGAGCAAGAAACCUCCUGUGGGGCAAGGUCUUAAUAAGCCUGCUGAGGUAACACUUCUUAACAUUAAGUGCUUUGACAAAAAGACUGGGCACCAGUAUACUGAAGGCCCGAGGAUUGAGAAAUACAAAGAGAUGCUUAAGAGAAAGGCGGAGGAUCAAGGAGCUGAGUUUUUAUCUUAUGAUCCUGUAAAAGGAGAGUGGAAGUUUCGGGUGAGUCACUUCAGUGAAUACAAGUUGGAGGAGGAAGACGAAGAUGAAGAUGGCGUUUAUGUGCACGGUAGCUCUGAAUUUUGAUAGGUGGAGUCCAAGAUGGCUUUGCUUAGAUGUUUGGAGAUUUCAGUGGGUGUGUUUUUUGUGCUUGUGGAUAAAAACUAGUAGUACGGGCAUUGUCUUGGCUGAGGAUUGAUUGCUUUGAAUAUGUAUAGAAUUUAGGGAGACUGACUUGCUUCAGCCGUAGCAGCAGCACUGUGUAUCUCAAGCAUUGUUGUGUUUUAGAGUUUUGGGUUUUCCUUUUCUUUUUUGCCCAUUUUCUGGGUCGUUACUUGUUCUAGGUGGUGCGUUUCAAUUUCAACUUCAACUUCAGGCGCAUGAUGAGCCAGAAAGGGAAUAUGAUGUUCAACUGUACCUGUGAAAUUUUGUUUGGAAAGUGUCCCAUUAAUGUUAAAUUCGAUAUUCUUUCUUGUAGGCAAGAAA